UCUACUACUCUGUGGACGGGGCUUGUUGUCAAUAUUGUGAUAUUUUUAAGCUAAUAUUUUUUUAUUUAUUUAUAUAAUAUUACUACUUUCUACACCUAUUUUCCAAAAGAAUAAUGGAGAAACGCCUUCAGUCGAUCAAGUUUCCAAGGGAUUUAACUUUGGGAGGUACUACAAAACAAAAGAAAAUCUAUACUCCUAACCUAAAUGUAUCCAGAAAUAAAACACAGAAAGAUCAGUUUUUACUCAACGGAGAGAAAAAGAAAAAAAUCCAAAGACAGCCAAGGAAUAACAAAACAGUCGCCAAAUCGGAACGAUUUGUUCAGUCGACCGGUAUUUUUUCCGACGGUGUGGGAAAUAACAUUUUACGUAAAACAAGACCUGGUGAAAGAACAUCAUAUACAACUAAAGAAGAUACUGCUAUGCCUGUUCCAAAAGUUAGGAAAAAUGAUUGGCAGAUCGUAGACAACAAAAACGAGCUUAAAAUAUACGACAAUCUUAUGGGCGAAGACGAAAAUACCGGCGAUCACGAAGAAAAGUUGCCUUUUUCUCCGCUUCCUUGGGGCGAGUCUCACAUAAAACAAAGCUCAGUUCCUUCUAGUCUUAAACUGGACGUAAAAAUAGAACCAGAUGAAUGUGCUAGGUUAAAAUUAAAUAGGUUAAAAAUUGAAUCAAAUGGUAGCAUACCUCGGGAAUUUAAAUCGGCAAAUAAUUUUACUGAUUCUAAUCCUGCCCUUAUGCUAUGGAGCAUGCCUGAUUCAUUUGCUGGAAAGGGUUUAAGUGACGACCCUAAUGUAAAAACGUUAUUCGACUAUAAAUUAAAAAAUAUGCUGGAAGGUGAAAUAGGAAAAAUUAGGAUCAGGAAGUCUGGAAAGAUAGAAGUAUUGAUAGGCUGUGUUAAAUAUAAUUUGGAAGAUAGUAAAUUAAAGACUUUUUCUGAGAAAAUAGUGGCAAUUGACAUGAGUGAUCCGAAAAGUACGCCUAAAAGUGCAGUUUUAGGCAGUGUUCAAAGUAGGUUUAUGUUAAAUCCAGACUGGCAGUUUAUAUUAAAAGAUUUAUGAUUUCUGCUAUUUCUUAGUCUUAAUUUUCGAUGACACAAUUAAUCUAGAAUAUUUCCUGGUAUACAAAAUCUGGUAGGUCGUGUUUUUAUUUUUAACUUUUUAGGGGGUGAGGGUGGUCUAUCAAGCAAUAAAAUUCAAAAAUUUCAAAUUUAUUCAAAUAAAAUUCAAUUUAUAAAAUUAGUGAUCCAUGAACUCUUUUCACACAAUUACAUAUAUGCAGAUCUACAAAAAUAUAGAAAUUUUUUAUGAUACUUCCUACAUAUUUAAUUAUAUAUAAGUAUAAACCAUUAUAUUAUGAAUAUAACCGAAAAUUAGUAAAA